AUGUCUUACGGGAACGAGGAAUACGAAACUCCCUAUGAUCCUUACAACUAUCAAGCAGAUUAUGAUAUGCACACAGGUGAUCCUAAACAGGAUCUAGCAUAUGAGCGCCAGUAUGAGCAGCAGACAUAUCAGGUCAUCCCUGAGGUGAUCAAAAACUUCAUCCAAUAUUUCCACAAGACUGUGUCUGAUUUAAUUGACCAAAAGGUGUAUGAACUACAAGCCAGCCGAGUAUCCAGCGAUGUAAUUGACCAGAAGGUUUAUGAGAUUCAAGACAUAUAUGAAAACAGUUGGACAAAGUUAACAGAACGUUUCUUUAAGAAUUCUCCCUGGCCUGAAGCAGAAGCCAUUGCUCCCCAAGUUGGAAAUGAUGCAGUGUUCCUAAUAUUAUAUAAAGAACUAUACUACAGGCACAUAUAUGCCAAAGUCAGUGGAGGACCCACGCUAGAGCAAAGAUUUGAAUCCUAUUACAACUACUGCAACCUUUUUAACUACAUUCUUAAUGCGGACGGUCCAGCUCCUUUAGAGUUGCCUAACCAAUGGCUGUGGGACAUUAUUGAUGAGUUUAUAUACCAGUUCCAGUCAUUCAGCCAGUAUCGAUGCAAGACUGCCAAGAAGUCAGAGGAAGAGAUUGAAUUCCUACGCUCUAACCCUAAAAUCUGGAAUGUGCACAGUGUUCUGAAUGUCCUGCAUUCUCUAGUGGACAAAUCAAACAUCAAUCGUCAGUUGGAGGUGUAUACCAGUGGAGGGGACCCCGAAAGCGUGGCCGGAGAAUAUGGCAGACACUCUCUUUACAAGAUGCUUGGGUACUUUAGCUUGGUUGGAUUACUGCGUCUACACUCACUGCUGGGAGACUAUUAUCAGGCCAUCAAGGUGUUGGAAAAUAUAGAACUGAACAAGAAGAGUAUGUACUCCCGUGUACCAGAAUGCCAGGUCACCACAUAUUACUAUGUUGGUUUUGCUUAUCUCAUGAUGAGAAGAUAUCAGGAUGCAAUACGUGUCUUUGCUAACAUCCUGCUUUACAUUCAAAGGACCAAAAGUAUGUUCCAGAGGACAACAUACAAGUAUGAGAUGAUUAAUAAGCAGAAUGAGCAGAUGCAUGCCUUGCUGGCAAUUGCCUUAACCAUGUAUCCUAUGCGCAUUGAUGAGAGUAUUCACACACAGCUGAGAGAGAAAUAUGGUGACAAAAUGCUGCGCAUGCAGAAAGGAGAUGCACAGAUUUAUGAAGAGCUGUUUAAUUUUGCAUGUCCCAAGUUCCUGUCACCAGUAGUCCCCAACUAUGAUAAUGUUCACCCAAAUUAUCACAAAGAACCCUAUCUACAACAACUAAAAGUCUUUUUGGAUGAAGUUCAGCAGCAAGCUCAGCUGUCCACUAUCCGUAGCUUCCUGAAGCUUUACACCACCAUGCCUGUAGCCAAGCUUGCUGGGUUCUUGGAUCUUCCAGAGCAGGAGUUUCGGAUUCAGCUACUUGUUUUUAAACACAAGAUGAAGAAUCUCGUUUGGACUAGUGGCAUCUCUGCAUUGGAAGGAGAAUUUCAGUCUGCCUCAGAAGUUGACUUCUAUAUAGAUAAGGAUAUGAUUCACAUUGCUGACACCAAAGUGGCUCGGCGCUAUGGAGACUUCUUUAUUAGACAGAUACACAAGUUUGAAGAGUUAAACAAGACCUUAAAGAAGAUGAGCCAGAAGCCCUGA